UGAGUCACGUUAAAGACUCGUUUAAAAAGAACGACCCAUUGCUAGCGCGCGCCUGAUCCACGUGGCAGCCCGUUCAGUAGAGCGCAGUAUGUGUUUGCGCGCGCUAGCACUGUACCAACUGUCAGUGAUCUCUUACUUUAUCACUCGCUAUUAAUUACUGCAGUUUUGUGUUGGACAAUGCGCGGCACCUCCGGGGGUGUGGCCGCUGCUUUGUUUAAACGGCUGUUGAAUUAAAACACCCGGUGGAGUGAGUGAGUGAGUGAGUGUGUGUGUGUGUGUAAAAGAGUAAAAGCCGGAAGAGACAGAGAGACAAAAGACUGGCGGACCCGUUGGGAUUCACAGGCGCACAGGAGAUGAGCUCAGAAAAGCCCCCACUGCCUGAAGAUGGCUUUGAGGCGGGGCAGGAGGCGGGGCAUGAUGUGGUUCCUGAAGCCCCGAUGGACAGGGCGCGUGAGGGCUGGGACAGUAAGGUGGAAUAUUUCUUGGCUCAGGUGGGAUUCAGCGUUGGGCUCGGAAACGUCUGGAGAUUCCCCUACCUGUGUCAUCAGAACGGAGGAGGAGCGUUUCUGCUGCUCUAUGUGCUGUUGAUGAUGCUGGUCGGCGUGCCGUUGUUCUUCUUGGAGUUAGCGGUGGGUCAGAAGAUCCGACAGGGCAGCAUCGGCGUCUGGAGACACAUCUCACCCAAACUGGUGGGGAUUGGCUACUCCAGCUGCGUGGUGUGUUUCUUUGUGGCCCUGUAUUAUAACGUCAUUAUCUGUUGGAGUCUAUUUUAUCUUUUUAAAUCAUUCCAGAGUCCGUUACCCUGGGAGAACUGCCCCAAGGAGGGGAACACCACAGUACAUGAGUGUGCUGCAAGUUCUCCUACGUCAUACUUCUGGUUCCGUAAGGCUCUGGACAUUACGCACUCUAUCAAUGAGACAGGGGAGUUCAACCUGCCCAUCACCGGCUGCCUCGUUCUCGCCUGGGUCAUCGUCUGUGGCGCCAUGUUCAAGGGCAUCAAGUCUUCUGGCAAGGUGAUGUACUUCUCCUCUGUGUUCCCGUACGUUGUCUUGCUGUGUUUCCUGAUUCGAGGUCUCACACUGGACGGAGCAGCAGAGGGUCUUAAGUUCAUGUUCAGCCCAAAGGUGGAGAUCUGGGGUGAUGUACAGGUGUGGCGUCAGGCGUUCACCCAGGUGUUCUUUGCCCUGGGUUUGGGUUUCGGCUCCAUAAUCGCGUACUCCUCCUACAACCAGCGCAACAACAACUGUCACCGCGACGCCUUCACCGUCUCCACCAUCAACUUCCUCACCUCCAUCCUUGCCUCGCUCGUUGUCUUCUCUGUGCUCGGUUUCAGGGCCAAGACCUUCUCCAAGUCCUGCAUUUUAAAGAAUCUGAAUCUGUUAUCUGAAGCGCUUGCCUCCUCUGCUGCUCCACCCGAUUUGAUCAUUAACAUAUCGGAGACAGAGUCUGUUACCGUAGAGAUGUAUAAACAGUGGUACAGUGAGCAGGGGCGUCAGCUGAACCUCACCGGCUUCAACAUCAGCAACUGCAGCCUGGAGGACGCCAUGAAUAAGGGUGUGGAGGGGACAGGUUUGGCGUUUAUUGCCUUCACCGAGGCGAUGACUCUGUUUCCCGCCAGUCCCUUCUGGUCGGCCCUGUUCUUUCUCAUGCUCCUCAACCUGGGCCUGUCCACCAUGUUUGGCACCAUGGAGGGGAUACUCACGCCCCUUUGUGACACCUUCUCCUCCUUCAGGAAACACAAACUCAUCUUCACCGUGUGUAGCUGUGCGUUUGCGUGUGUGAUCGGUCUGUUGUUCACUCAGCGCUGUGGGAAUUACUUUGUGGGGAUGUUUGAUGAUUACUCCGCCACACUGCCGCUCAUCAUCGUCGUCGUAUUCCAGACCAUUAGUGUCGCCUGGGUAUAUGGAGCGGACAGGUUCCUGGAAGACAUCAGACAGAUGCUGGGCCGGCCGGUGUGUGUGUUGUAUAAGUAUCUGUGGAAGUACGUGUGUUUGUUAGCCAUGCUGACUCUGUUAGCAGCCAGUCUGCUGAAGAUGUGUCUCACCCGACCAAAAUACACCGCCUGGAACAGAGAGACGGCGUUGGAGGAGAAGUUGCCAUACCCUGAUUGGGCGUUGGCCAUGCUCUCCUCUCUCAUCAUCCUCGCAGUACUUCCUGUUCCCCUGGGUUACGCCCAUGCCGCGUUACGGCAGCGCUUCAGCAAGUCGGCUCUCGACACCGCAUCGGGAUACGCCCCCUGCCGCACCACGGACACUGACCCCGCCCCUCUUGGCACACUGCUGAACACUGAACAGCACCCUGCCCCCGCCCCAUUGGUUGAAAAUGGCUACAGGCUCCUCCCACUUUCAGGUGAGGAGGAACAGGAGGCGUCUACACAAGUGUGAGCUGCAGAGGAACUGACUGGUGAUGAGUUACACCAGAGAGAGAGAGAGCAUAUCUGCUCAAACACACACACACACACACACACACACACACACACACACAUACACACCUUCUGCUGCUUUGGACUCUGUACAGUUGGUACACAUCUCUUUAAAGUUUACAUGAAGUAGGAACAAAUUUAUUGCUGUGCCAUAAGAGGAGGUAACACACACACACAAUAUUUUUGUUAUUUUAAUCAGGUCAUUCCAGUCAUUUUUUAAAUAGAUAAUUAAGUUUCUGCAUCUCAGAUCCAGGACCUGCUGUAAACCUGAGGACACGGGUCUCUCUCUCUCUCUCUCUCUCUCUCUCUCUGAGUAUCUUACCAUCUGCUAAACACCCUCGCAGCACGUCGACAGUAAAACACCUUUUGCACCUGAUGUCAUGCGACCUGUCCCUCUUGGUCCCGCCCACUCCUGUACAGUGAAGGCGAUGUGACUCACCACAUUCCGGCACCAAAACCUACAUCCAGGCGCAGUGAUGGAGGCACUUUCACAUCGCUUCUAACCUGCACGUGGUGUUCUGUUCACGGCUCACAUGACCAACACAAGGCUCAACCCUAAAUCCCUCUCCAAUCCCUGAUCAAGGGCACUACUUGGUGUGUGGAACAAGGGUUUAGAAACCCUACAUAGUGCACUCCGGCACAGUUAGUUAGGUACAAGUCAGAAAGUUUAAAAUUCCAGAACUAGUUUAUGUAAUUAUUAACUCAAUACUAAGUUACUUGAUGUUGGUUAACGCCCACUGUUCUAACUGACGCCAUCAGAGUCACGUGACUGCAAAAGGGCAGUAUCUUACUGUGUAAAAAAUAAAUAUAUAAAUAAAAAGGAAAGGGGGGCUGAGCUUUAGUAUCCAGAGGGCGUGUCCUACAACAGCGUCUACACAGUCAGGAAGGCCUCUUCAGUCUACCCACCCCCCACCUCCCCAAUACAUGGGAGUGGCCGGUUUACUCCACCCCUCACUUAGCUGCAGGGAUUCGUACCUGACUAGUCACGUUUCCUGUCCUGGGUCUCAUCACAUCCACUCACCUGUACUAAAACCUCAACACUCAGUAUUUAACUGCUAUUCACUUAUCAAAGAAGCUAACUGCUGAUUAGCCUAGCGUUAGGAGCGCUUCAUCUCUGUGGCUGUUUUAUGCCUCCGCAUCGCAGGUUUUUGUGUAGCCUGACGUGCAUCUUCCCAGAAACGUGUGUACACGUGACGCACGUCUCAUAAAGAGACGUGGCACGUUGCGUACAGCGUAGACUCGAUGCGGGGGCGUAAAUCAGGCUUUUCCCGUGGAAACUCUGCUGUAUAUUUGUCUACUUAUUCAAAUAUUUAAUGUCAUUUUGAAGGAUCUUGGAGCAAGAUUUUUUUUCUUAUGUUUUGAAAGAUUUAAAUGAAUAUUUUUGUUAUUCCAUGAGCCUGUCCCUGUUUUCACAAAGCUCCACCUCCGGGACCUGUGGUUGCGGCUAGGUUGACGGGGCAUGGCCGUGGCUGCAGGGGUGGAUGAUUUGGGCGGGACAUGGGGCGGGGUGGUUGAUGGGGUCGUGUGAGACAUGAGGCUCUUCCGGUCAGUACCAGUCCGGGGCGAGGUGCAGAUGUAGUCCUGCAAUCUUUUAUAUAUUUAUUUAUUUAUUUUCAGACUCUCGUGCUAAGGGCGUGGCUAAAGAUGUUCUUGUAACCAUCUGUAUUUCUCUGGGCUUUUGUAUAUUUUGUAAAUCCCUUGGUCAUUCGCUGUGCUGUUGUUACGCUCACAGUCGGUGUGUAAGUAAUAUUCAUGUUUAUAUCAGAGUUUUGUAAAGGUUUAUGACUGUAUAUCGAGAUGUACAGACUGUAAAGUAGUUAAAGAAGCUAACUGUAGUGUGGAGUCUGAUAAAUCACGUGGGGGGUGAGGGGGCAUUAUUCAAUUAAAGCAGGUAAAGAGUUUGAGAUGAAAACGACCUGGUUUAACUCUCAACUCCACCAUGUUAAACACAUGAAGGCAUGUACAGUGUGAUUAUGAUGACAUCAUUAGGCGUGUAUUUGUUCAGGAAUCCUGAUGGAUUUAUUGAUGAAGUUACAAAAUCUGUGUGUCUCCUCACCCCAUAAAGAUUUUUACUCCAUUCUGGUUGUCUUGGGCUGCAUCUUAAAAUUAAUCUCAUGGACUGGCACUCUGACCUCUCCACAGAUUUAUAAAUAAAUAAAAUUUAUAAAUUAAAAAAAAGUAAUUAUUGUAAAUAAACUCUCACAACCAACACGCAGUAGAAAAGUGAAAUAUCGCCGAUUGUUAACAUGACAUGUCUGAACUUUACACACAGAUUUUAUAACACCAGAUGAUCAGUCAGGACCAAAACAUUUUAUGCUAAAAAUCAUUUUAAUUACAGGUUGCAGGUUUUUAAUUUAAGCCUUAGUUCAUAUAAUAAUUUCCAAAAUAAGCGCAUCUCCAUGUUCAUGCAUUACUGCCACCUUCUGGUUUGGAGCUCCUCCAUUGCCCUUUUUAAAAAAAAAAAAAAUCAAAUCCCUUUAUCCUCGUCAUCUUUCUGUUUUUUUU